ACAUAUAUAAUGGAGCUUAUAGACUCCCACCUCUUGGCCUUUAUCACUCAAACAUUAUCUACAUAACUAUACAUCUAUAUCAUUACCUAUAAAUAUAAUUGCAGACAAGAUAUGACGAUGUAUAAAAAAUAGAUAUGAAUUAACACGUCAGCGAAUUUAAAAGUUAUCACUUGACGUAUCAUCGGAAGAUAGAUUACCGAAAAUUGUAUGCACAAUGUGCAUUAAACGACUGGAAAAUAUUCAUCGCUUUGUUACUUUGUCACAUCGUGCACAGGACAAACUUAAAGUACAGUAUUAUGGGAGAGAUAAUGGAGAUAUUAAGCAGAUAAAUGAUAACGAUGAUGACAAAGGAGACAAAAGAUUACUCCGGUCUAUUCUUAAUAAGAAUGAAGAUGCUGAAGGAUUAUCAGAUUUGUCGGCAACACCAAUCGAAGACGAGUCAAUAUUGACUGAAGAAAUGGAGGUCAAAGUUGACCCGAUGAUUUUUCUUCAGUACGGUCUAGAUCGUUCUAUCACACCAGAGUCGGAUUUUAAUUCCGAUGAUGACAGAAGCUACACCAAAGAUAGUCUCAGUAUAAAUGAAGAGCCAAAUAAAUAUUCGACUUUGAAAUUGAAUGAAGAAGAAGAACAAGAGGAAGAAGAGCAAAAUGAGUUAUUAAACAAACAGUUUAAUUGUACGUUGUGUUCACGUGGAUUCGAUAGCCAAAUAAAUUUACAAAAUCAUCUGUGGUCUCAUUUGCCGCGCACAGAGUCCCACUGCGAUGACCCGAAAGUUAUUUCAUCGGCGCUUAAUAAUUUAAACAAUAACAAUCCGAACAAUGGGGUCUUGAUGCCUAAUACAUCUGAAAAUUCAUCAGGUAGUUUUAUCUGUCCAAUUUGUAAUAAGAAAAUAUCAACAAAAGGAAAUUUAAAAGUACAUUUAGAAACCCAUCGGCCUAAAGGAAAAUAUGGCUGUGAUAUCUGUGGCCGGAUAUUCAAAACCCAGUCAAAUCUUUAUCGGCAUAAAGAGUAUCAUGGUGGGAUACAAUUUCCGUGUAGUGUUUGCGGCAGAGUUUACCCGACAAAUUCAACUCUGCGUGCUCACAGUAUUACUCACUCAGAUUUGCGUCCACAUGCCUGUCCUCUGUGUGAUAAAACAUUCAAACGUAAUCAGGAUCUAAAGUUUCACAUUAAUCAACAUACUGGAGCACGACCUUAUCAAUGCCCGUAUUGCCCCAAAGCGUUCGCCAGUUCCGGUAACUGUUUUUCUCACCGGAAACGCAUGCAUCCCAAAGAAGUACAUCGUGAUAGACAACGUGCUGCUGAUCUUAUGAGAUAAGUUUUGUUAUUUAUUUAUAAUUUAGUUAUCGAAUUAUAAAAUAAAAUUAAUUAUUUUAUAGAUAAAUAAAUUUUUUAAAUGUGAGUCUAAAGACAAAUUAUAUUUUUUAGUAAUAUUAGAGUACGAGAGAUUAUUUAACAGAUUAAAAUUCAAGUUUUUAUUUCAAGUAUUUAAGAGUGACAAUAAUUAUCAAUUAAAUAAAUGAUAUAUAUUUUGUUUUAUUGUUUUUUUAUUAUUAAUUAGAAUACUUUGUCGUUAAUUUAUUAUUAAAUUGUUUUAAUUUGUUAAAUAAUCUCUGAUAAAAUCGCGCACUAUGAAACCCUUUAUUAUAUAAACGUUUAUUAUUAUAUUAUAAAUAUUAAAUAAAAUAUAGUAGGUCUGUGAUAAAAUUGGGGUCUUCGUAGAUAACGCGAAUCGCAUAAAUAAAUUGCCAAAGAAAAUAGUUUUUGAAAAUAAUAAUAAUAAUAAUUGAGUUAUUAUUUAUUGUAAAAUUUAUUUGUUGACUGCACAAUAUUUUAAAUUGUAAUCUAGAAACACGUGUAUAAAAAUAUAUAUCUUUAGUUUAGUAACAAAUGGUAUAACAUAAUAAACAAUUGCCAAGGUAAACAACAUAAAGACUGUAAAAAUGAUAAAAGUCUAAUUAGA